AAUUAUUUCUCCGACAAAGGCGGAUGUUUUUGUGCGGUUGAUCCCAAAACUUUUUGCAUUUUUAAUAUAAUUCUAAAGAUCGACAUAGUACUUCAAACAAUGUCUAAGAAGUUCAUUGUGCUUUUCGCACUUCUCAUCACCAUUAAAAUUCUUAUGGGUGAACAAAAAGUUGAAAAUGAAGAUCUUUCCAAGGAAAGUGUUUAUAAGAAUGUGGACCUUCAUCUCCUACAAACAUCAAUGCAAUCAAUACAAACAGCAAUAGAAAGCAUAAAUACAAUGUACCUGCACAAUCUUGAACCGAAAUUAAUGCAAAUUUUCACUCAAACAUCCAGUUUGGAUGCCAAUAUUAAAACACUCCAAGAGAAAACGCAAAAUUGGUACAUUCUGCAGCAUCACAUAAAUGCGUGGUCAGAUCACAUGAAGGCAAUGGAUAAGAAAAUUGAUUUACUAAAACAAACUCAAGAAAAUGGUUUUCCAUUGGAAAAGAUCGUAUCUGACUUUGAAUUCAAAACAAAUCAUAUUUUUGAAAAAGUUGACAUUUUAAAUGAGAAAAUGCACGAAAUGCUUUCAAUUUUGUAUCAUUUCAAGAAUCCACAUGUGAAAAAUGAUUCACAAUUGGAGAAAAUGAUGAAAAAUUUAUCAAAUAUUGAAAAUCAAAUGAAAUCAUUCGAGAGAAUUGUCAAUCAAAACGUUCCGAGAGAUCCUACGAAAAUUCAAGGAUCAGUGGAAAGUGAGAAUAAAGAAAUGAAACAAGUCGUGCAAAAUUACAAGAAUAUCAUGAAGAAAUUGGACAACAUUCUAAGUGGAUUAGAAACCGUUGGAAAAAGCGUGUCAAAUGGGAUAAAUGAUGCAAAGGACGCUGAUAGCGUUCUAAGCUUCAAGCAGAUUGAUGAGAAAAUUGAAGAUCUAAUUAGUUCUAUUCAAUCGGGCUUUGAUAGAUUUGAGGAAAUUCUCUACAAGAUACAAAAAACCAUUGCAGAUAAUCAUGAUGAGAUGAAGAGUGUUUGUACAGCAAGAAAUAGCACAAAUUCUGAUGUAUUGGUGAGGAAAAAUGAUGGACCAAUGAAAGAUGAAUUUCGGCAACCUUACUUAUCAUCCUGCCAUAAACUCGAAGGACGAAAGAAUGGUGUCUACCAUUUUGGUCUCUUUGAUCAGCCAAAUGAAAAUGGAAAAUUAUUCAAUAAAAGACUUUGUGAAUUUGCAACAAGCGGACCAGCUUGGACGGUUAUCCAGAGACGAGGAGAUUUCCCAACAAAUGAGAACUUUAACAGAUCAUGGGAAGACUAUAGGAAUGGAUUUGGCAAUCUUGAGAGUGAAUUUUGGUUUGGAAAUGAUUUUAUUCAUAAACUCACUAAUGAAGCUGAUCAGGAACUUCGAGUGGAAUUGGAAGACUUCGAAGGAAAUACCGUCUGGGCAGAAUAUCAGACAUUCUACGUUGCACCAGAGGACUCCAUGUAUCAUCUUGAAACUAAUGGCUAUCGCGGAAUUGUUCCAGAUUCCCUCCUCUAUCACAAUCUCCAACCAUUUAGUACCUACGACAGGAACAAUGAUAAAACCAGCGGAGUCCUUUUACCUUGUGCUCUAACAUUUGGCAGUGGAUGGUGGUUUCGUGGUUGUGGGGAAUCUAAUCUCAAUGGACGGUACCACAGUGACCCAAGAAGUGGCCAUUUUACAGGAAUUCUCUGGGAGCACUGGCUUGGGAAUUACUCACUGAAAUCCUCAAAAAUGCUUAUAAGAAAUCGUUCGCAAAAUGCUACACGUUGGGAAGAUGAAACAAAUGCCAAUAAAACGAUCAUUUUUGAUGAAGAUCCCUAAAAAGCCUCAAGCACUUUCUCAAAAGGACUGUUCAAUUUUGUUGGCCGUUUUGGAAAAUUGAAAGAAAUUCAGCGAAUUUGUUAACUAAUUGUUGUCAAAAAUUAUAUUUUUAGAAAAUGGAAAUAAAACAAAUAAAAAUCAAUUUAUCACAAAA